CCAAAUUUCAUCGGAAAAUGCAAGUGAAUCGCCGGAUUUUCCAAGCCCUAACCGGAAUUACAAAUCGAUUUUACCAUUCCGACAAGCCGAAGAAAGUGUCACUCUACUCUAAAAUAAGUCCACUGGGAAACCCUAGCUGUAGCGUAACCAAUGAGCUGGAUGAAUGGGUUUGCAAGGGAAAUAAAAUCCGAUUCGCGGAGAUUCAACGCAUCAUUCUUGAUCUUCGCAAACGCAAACGCUUCAGUCAGGCCCUGGAGGCUUCAGAGUGGUUGAAGAGUUCUGGUAUUUUCACUUUUUCAUCAACUGAGCAUGCAGUACAACUGGAUCUGAUUGGUAAGGUUCAUGGGUUUCCUGAUGCAGAAAGCUACUUCAAUAACUUGAGCAAAGAAGAUAAGAAUGAUAAGACAUAUGGUGCUCUUCUACAUUGUUAUGUUCGCCAGUGCCAAAUGGAAAAGGCAUUGACACAUCUGCGGAAGAUGGAGGAGGAGGGUGUUUCUCUAUCUUCUGUGGCCUUCAACGAUAUAAUGUCACUGUACACGAGAACUGGUGAGUAUGAAAGGAUCCCUGAAAUGCUACGCCAUAUGAAGGAAAUUGGGGUCUGUCCUGACAAUUUAAGUUAUAGAAUCUGUAUCAAUUCGUAUGGAGCAAGAUCAGAUAUUGAGGGGAUGGAGAGGGUCUUAAAUGAAAUGGAGAACCAAUCCUUCAUUGUCAUGGACUGGAACACCUAUGCUGCUGUGGCAAAUACAUAUGUUAAAGAAGGCCUAAAUGAUAAAGCAAACAGUUUCCUCAAGAAAGCAGAGGAGAAGAUAGAUAAUAAAGAAGGGAUCGGUUAUAAUUACCUCAUCUCUGUACAUUCUAAACUAGGAAACAAAGAUGAAGUCAUAAGAUUAUGGUUUCUUGAGAAGAGUGCUCUAAAGAGGUGCAUAAAUCGGGAUUAUAUAAAUAUGUUAGAAGCCCUAGUGAGACUUGAUUCGCUUGAAGAAGCAGAGCAGUUGCUCAAGGAGUGGGAGACAUCUGAUAACUGUUAUGAUAUCAGAGUACCAUACAUAGUCAUUAUAGGGUAUACGGAUAAACAGCUAUAUGAAAAGGCAGAGACCAUGCUUGAAGAUUUAUCAACAAAAGGGAAGAUACUAACACCAAAUGUUUGGGGAAGACUGGCAGCAGGCUACCUAGAUAAAGAUAAGUUUGAGAGGGCUGUGAAAUGCAUGAAAGUUGCUCUUUCCUUGAAGAAGGAUAGAAAAGGAUGGAAGCCUGACCCUAAGGUCAUCAUGAGAAUACUCAGUUUGUUUGCGGAGAAUGGCAAUGUGAAUGACGCUGAAUCAUUUUUUCAUUCACUGAGGCCCAUUGUCGCUGUAAACAGAGAGAUGUAUCAUGCCUUACUAAAAUCAUAUAUAGCAGGUGGUAAAGAAGUUGAAAGCCUUUUAAACAGUAUGAGAGAUGAUAACAUUGAUGAAAAUGAAGAAACAAAAGUGAUACUUGGAAUAAACCAACGAGGAGGUUCUAACAGUUAA